AUGGUAGACCGGGAGCCAGGUUCACCUACCUGGAAGUUCACACAAUGCUUUGGUGACAAAGGCGAUGUGGAAGAUAUCACAGAAGCGGAUAUCAUCUCGACUGUCGAGUUCGACCACACCGGUAACUAUCUGGCCACAGGAGACAAGGGUGGGAGAGUAGUACUGUUUGAGCGGAACGAGACGAAAAAAACCUGCGAGUAUAAGUUUCACACCGAAUUUCAGUCGCACGAGCCGGAAUUCGAUUACCUAAAAUCACUAGAGAUCGAAGAGAAGAUCAACAAGAUAAAGUGGUGUAGACGACAAAACGCUUCCCAUUUCCUCCUUUCGACGAAUGACAAAACAAUAAAACUGUGGAAGGUGUUUGACAAGUCGCUGAAGGUGGUGGCGGAGAACAACUUAUCGAACGAGCUUACACCCGCGGGUGCUGUUGGUGGUGGAGGGGCGCCGCGCGCGCCCCGUUUAUCCUUCAAGGAUGCAUCAGCUCUGAAGCUUCCACGGAUGACACAUCAUGAUACGGUCGUUGCAGCUGUCCCUCGGAGGACAUAUGCAAAUGCACACGCAUAUCACAUCAACAGCAUCUCUGUGAACAGUGAUGGGGAGACUUUCAUCAGCAGCGACGAUCUUCGAAUCAACCUGUGGAACCUUAAUAUUCAAGACCAGAGCUUUAACAUUGUCGAUAUCAAACCUGCAAACAUGGAAGAGCUGACGGAGGUCAUCACAGCUGCUGAGUUCCAUCCCACUAGCUGCAAUUGGUUCAUGUACGCCAGCUCGAAAGGCACAAUCAAGCUUGCCGACAUGCGGCAGCGAGCGUUGUGCGAUGAACAUUCAAAGCUCUUUGAACAAGAGGAAGAUGCCUCGUCUCGCUCCUUUUUCUCUGAAAUCAUCUCAUCUAUCUCGGACGUCCGUUUCUCGCACGACGGCCGAUACAUUGUGUCAAGAGACUACCUCACAGUCAAGAUCUGGGAUGUCAACAUGGAGAGGCAACCGGUGAAGACCAUUCCGAUCCACGAGCAUCUACGGCCACGAUUGUGUGACACGUACGAGAACGACAGCAUCUUUGAUAAGUUUGAGGUGGUCUUCUCGGGUGAUGCGGAGAACGUUAUGACUGGAAGUUAUAACAACAACUUUAUGAUCUACCCCACGGACCCUAGCAAGGAAACGGAGAUCGUACUGCAAGCAGACAAGUCCGCCUUCAAGGCCAAGAAGGUCGGUGUCCCGACACCUAUGAAUAAAAACGGCAAGAAGAAUGGGUCCAGGGCCGGUAGUCCUGCUGGUCCUGGCAGUCGGAUGAAGAAGGAGACCGAUGCGGAUCAGAUCGAUUUCAACAAGAAGAUUCUUCACAUGAGCUGGCAUCCUUAUGAGGAUAGCAUUGCCAUUGCUGCUACAAAUAACCUGUUUGUCUUCUCCGCCUUUGAUAACUGGCAUCCUGCCGGUGGCCCUCCUUCGCACCCUGGGAUGGACCAGAUGAGCCAACAACCUCGCCCUUUGGGUUCUUUCAGCCAGAACCCCCCGUCUCAGCAGGGCCCAUCUUCGCAACCUGCCGGCCCAGUCCUUCCGCCUCCUGCUGGUCCUUAUCAUCCCGCGAACCAGAACCCCGGUCAUUCCCUCCCCGGACUAGCGGAAUUGAGUCAGGGUCACGGUGGCCCUCAUCAACCCGCAUAUGGCCAACACCCUGGAGCUCCGUCGCACGCCACAGGGCACUCGUUACCGGGUAUCGGUCAGACAAUGCAACACCCUUCUCCACAGUCCCUCAACCGAGAGCGCGAGCGAGAUUCAAGAGAACGGGAGUUGAUCGAAAGACAGCGACAACAGGAGGAAAUGGUCCAUAGAGAACGUGAACAGCGUGAGCGCGAACGCGAGCAGCUGGAACGCCAGCAACUCGAGCGUCAACGUGAGCAACAGCAUCACCCUGUGCAGAGUCAUACCGGGUCGAUUCCCCUGCAUCAACCAGUGGCGUCGAAAGUGCCAAAUUCCAUUCACGGGCCUAAUGGGCUCUUGUCUAAUCUGGGUUCAAAUCCACCAAACGGCCCUCAAGGCGCUAUGCAACCAUCUGGGGCCCCUGGUGGUCUCUACGGCUCUCAGAUGCAGCAUGGAGAGGGCACUCCAAGGGCGUAUAUGCAGCACCCGGCCGGCCCACCUGGACAAAGCAUGAUGUUCAACGGCUCGGGUGGCCCAAUUCCUGGAAACGUUGCAGCUCUCGCGCAGGGACAGCAACCUAUCCUCAAUGAUGCGCUUAGCUAUUUGGACCAGGUCAAGGUUCGUUUUGUGGACCAGCCUGACGUCUACAAUCGCUUCCUGGACAUAAUGAAAGAUUUCAAGAGCCAAGCGAUUGAUACACCGGGAGUCAUUCAGCGCGUCUCCACCCUUUUCAACGGGCAUCCCGCUUUGAUCCAGGGAUUCAACACGUUUCUGCCGCCAGGUUACCGCAUUGAGUGUGGAACAGAGGACAAUCCAGAUGCGAUCCGUGUGACCACCCCCUCAGGCACGAAUACUUUGAAUAUGCCCCGACCUCGUCCCUCAAUGGACCCUGCGGGAGACAUGGGACCCGCUGGUGGCAUGGGCUCGCAUGGACGUACUGACUACUACGAUCAAGCGCGACCUGGUUGGCAACAGCAGCCCCAGGGUCAACAACAAGGAAAUCUUCCAGCUUCCUACUCCCCUGGAUCUCGUAUGAUCGGCCCUGGCAUGUUCGGGCAAGGCGCACAAGGUCAACCUCAAGAUCAUCACUUUGACUACCCGACCCAACAAGAGCAGCAAGCUGCAGCGGGUGCUGCAGCAAUGGCCCACCAGCAAGACCAACGUGGUGUCUCACAACUUCAGGGUGCCGCGGCCGCAUCCGCUGCGAUGGGACGACAUGGAAUGAUGCAGGUGUCUCCUGCUUCUGCACAAGCCUCUAGUUUGUCCCAGCCCAUGAACAGUUUGGCUGGCGUUGGUUCAGGCAUGUUGCAGGGCACGCAGGCAGACUUGAACAAGCGCGGACCAGUGGAGUUUAACCAUGCAAUCAGCUAUGUGAACAAGAUCAAGAAUCGCUUCGCCAGUGCACCUGAGAUCUACAAGCAGUUUCUUGAAAUCCUGCAGACAUAUCAACGAGAAUCAAAGCCAAUUCAGGAUGUUUACGCUCAGGUAACCCAGUUGUUCAAUACUGCACCAGAUUUGCUGGAGGACUUCAAACAGUUUCUCCCCGAAUCUGCAGCACACGCCAAGCAGCAAGCAGCUGCUCGUCAAGCUGAAGAGGCGAUCCCCAUCAGCAAUGUGCGAGGAGAACCCGGCUAUCCAAGCGCGGGCAGCCUACCGUCACAGACACCUGGUCGGGAUAUGAAAAUGCCGCCCUUGGGCCAGUUUAAUGUCAAGGACUCUGCCAAGGAAGGGAAGAAACGCAGGGGUGGUCCUAGCGCUCCUUCGACGAUGACCUCUUCGAUUUCUGGACCCUCCGCGGGUGCUGAGGCCGCUAGGGUGGCUGAUGCCCAGGCGGGCCGCCCUGCAGCCCUACAGACUGGCAACGCCAACAAGAGAGCGAAAGUGCACCAUACCAAACCAACCCAAGCAGAGAUCCCUGCUGUUUCGCCGACGCUCAUACCCGCUCUUCCUGAGCCCAUCCAGCCCAGCCAGACGAUGACGCCCAGCCAAGAAGAGUUUGCCUUCUUCGAUCGAGUCAAAAAGUACAUUGGAAACAAGUCGAUGUUCAACGAGUUCCUCAAAUUGUGUAACUUAUACUCUACCGACCUCAUUGACAGGAAUGUCCUGAUCAAGAAAGCCGCUGGGUAUAUUGGCUCGAAUCCGGAGCUUAUGGCCUGGUUUAAGCGUUUCAUGCAUAUCGAUGAACCUGAAGACAAGGUCAUUGAGACGAAGCCCAAACAGGAGUCUGGUGUUGUGAACCUGUCGCACUGCCGUUCCCUUGGACCCAGCUACCGUCUCCUUCCGAAGCGUGAGCGCCAGAAACCCUGCAGUGGCCGCGACCAAUUGUGCUACAGUGUUCUGAAUGAUGAAUGGGCGUCUCAUCCCACUUGGGAGUCUGAAGACUCUGGCUUCGUGGCCCACCGCAAGAAUCAGUUUGAAGAUGCCUUGCACCGUAUUGAAGAGGACCGACAUGACUAUGACCACCAUAUCGAGGCCUGUACUCGCACAAUUCAGCUCAUUGAACCGAUUGUUCAACAAUUCCUGGUGAUGACCGAGGCGGAACGAGCGGCCUUUAAACUUCCGCCAGGUCUUGGCGGCCAGAGUGAAGCUAUUUACCAGCGAGUGAUCAAGAAAGUAUACGACCGACAGCGCGGAGGGCGAAUCAUCCGUGAAAUGUUCGACAGACCGUGCCACGUCCUUCCGAUUGUGCUCUUCCGCUUGAAGCAGAAAUGCGAAGAGUGGAAAGCCAGUCAGCGUGAGUGGGAUAAAGUCUGGCGGGAGCAAACGCAAAAGGCGUACUGGCGCAGUUUGGAUCAUCAAGCAAUUGCCAGCAAAGCGACCGACAAGAAGCUAUUUGUGGCAAAGCAUAUCCAGAAUGAGAUUCAGAGCAAAUUUGAGGACGCCAGGGGGUUACGCAAGAGCGGAUUCCAGAUUCCCAGACAUCAAUUCGAAUUUGCCUUUGAUGACCCGGCUGUCAUUAUCGACGCCACUCAGUUGCUAUUACUUUUCAUUGACCGGAACUCUGCUGGAUUCGGAGCCGAUCCCUCCAAGGUCAUGGCGUUCAUCAAAGACUUUGUGCCGAUCUUCUAUGGCAUGGAUCGUGAUACUUUCCACAUGUACAUGAACGAGAUGUCGAGUGACACUCCAUCCGGGGAAGACGGUGACGACGAGAGCUUGGCCGCUGAAGACGUCUUGACUUGGCGCAAUCGGAAAGGCGUGAAUGGAAAGAAGAUGGAUCUCCUCCGCGAUGUGCUCGAGCGGCGCAGUGAAAAGGCCAAUCGGUCGGACAAGGACCGCAGUACUCCCGCCAGCCGUGAUGGCACCCCAGAUGCUGUUCUGGUCCCAUCAACUCCCGUCCCCGAGCCUGCUGAGGCGUUUGACGUUGCGGAGCUGAAGUGGAUGGAACAUCCUGGGCAAGGGAACUUCAAUUUGCAGCGAGAAUACGCGCUGAAUGAAUCCUACGUCAAGAAGGUUCAUCAUUUGUAUGCCAAUUUGAACAUCUACUGCUUCUUCCGCACUUUCGAGAUUCUCUAUUCGCGACUCUUGCGGAUCAAGAUGCACGAGAAAGACGCUCACGAGCAUGUGCGCCGGGCGCUGAUCCCCAAACCCGCCCGUGACCUCGGUCUCAUGGACAAGCUUCCAACCGACUUCUUCUACGAUUGCGACCCAAAGGCCAAUCUGUACCAACAGAUUGUCCGCAUGUGCGAGGAGGUCAUCAAGGGCGACAUGGAUGCCUCGCACUUGGAGGAGACACUCCGCCGCUACUACUUGCGAAGCGGGUACCAGCUAUACAACCUGGAAAAGAUGUUUGCCGGAAUCGCCAAGUUUGCUGGCUCCAUCUUCAAUGGCGACUCCAAGGAUCGCAGUGCCGAUAUCAUCAAUCUCUUCUUCAAGGAGCGCGAUCGGGAGGAGACGACACAUAACCAAGAAAUCCAGUACCGCAAGCAGGUUGAGAGGCUCGUCAAGGACGGCGAUAUCUAUCGUAUUACCUAUAACCCUCAAACCAAGAAGACCACCGUGCAACUGCUCACCCCCGAGGACGCAACCUUGGAGAACGAAGAGCUGAGCCGGGAAGCGCGCUGGUCGUACUACGUCUCCGCCUACACGAUGCGUGACCCUACGGAAGGUGUUCCAUUUUCGCAGAUGCGCAUGCCCUUCCUGAAGCGGAACCUGCCGCCCAAGCUUGAGCAAGAAGAGGAGUAUAAUCGCUACUAUCGGCCGCUGGUCCAUCAGGAUGGUCUUAUCAUCCGGAUUUGUGCCAACAGCUAUCAUAUUCUGUACGAACCUGGGAGCUGCGAUUGGUGGUGGCGUCCCAAGGCACUCUCAGAAGAGUCGCCUGAAGACAUCGCCAAGGAGGAGGCCGCUGUCAAGGAGAGACGGCGCGAUCGGUUUAUGGAAAAGUUUGUCAACAACCCCAGCUGGGCGCAGGGGCUCAGCAAGGACCAAGUCGACGAGUCCAACCAACGAUUCCGCUCGUGGAUUAAGGGCCCUGAACCUGAGAAGGAGAAGGAGAAGGCCCCGCCGGGCGCGACGGAAGAGGCCGGCUCCGAGAAGAAGGGUGACAAGGAAGAUGCCGAGAUGCCUGACGCAGAAUCCACGGCACCCGAGUCCAAGGAGCAAUGA